GGAGUGAAAAGUGUGUGACAGCUGCACUUUGUUGAGGGAAAUCGGCUUCAGGAUGGUCUCGUCUUACCCUUUACCGGAGGGCUUCUCCGAGUUUGAUGUGUUCUCCCUGGGAUCUUGUCUGCUGGUGGAGGGUCUGCUGGGCUUCUUUCUAAAUGCAGUGACAGUCAUUGCUUUCCUCAAAGUGAGGGAGCUGAGGACCCCCAGCAAUUUCCUAGUGUUCAGCUUAGCUCUGGCUGACAUGGGCAUCUCCAUGAACGCCACCGUCGCCGCUUUCUCCAGCUUUCUGAGGUACUGGCCUUACGGUUCUGACGGAUGCCAGACUCACGGUUUCCAGGGAUUCAUGACAGCUCUCGCCAGCAUCCACUUCAUCGCUGCCAUCGCCUGGGACAGAUACCACCAGUACUGCACCAGGACAAAGCUGCAGUGGAGCAGCGCCAUCACCCUGGCUAUAUUUAUCUGGCUCUUCACUGCCUUCUGGUCUGCCAUGCCCCUCAUUGGCUGGGGAGAGUACGACUAUGAGCCCCUCAGGACCUGCUGCACUCUGGACUACAGCAAGGGAGACAGAAACUACGUGUCCUACUUGAUCCCCAUGAGCAUCUUCAACAUGGCCAUCCAGGUGUUCGUUGUCAUGUCCUCUUACCAGUCCAUUGCACAGAAAUUCAAGAAGACUGGAAACCCCAGGUUCAACCCCAACACUCCUCUUAAGACUAUGCUGUUCUGCUGGGGCCCCUAUGGUAUCCUGGCUUUCUAUGCCGCGGUGGAGAAUGCCAACCUGGUUUCCCCUAAGCUCAGGAUGAUGGCUCCUAUCCUGGCAAAGACCUCCCCAACCUUUAAUGUCUUCCUGUACGCUUUGGGAAAUGAGAACUACAGAGGAGGCAUCUGGCAGUUCCUCACCGGGGAAAAGAUUGAUGUGCCUCAAAUUGAGAACAAGUCCAAAUAA